AGGCCAAGCCCAGCAAACAGGACAGCCACCGCCUGCGGAAGCCGCCGCCACGCCACGCCGUGAAACUGUACAGGCCAGCCGGAAUCCGACGGCGCCUCUCCCUCUCCCUCCACCGCGCCGAGCUCCCCACAAAACACCGUCCCGGACGCACGCCUCUCCAAGUCCGCCGGCCCCCGACGCCCUCUCCGACGAGUAGGCCAGGCCUCUCUCCACCACGCCGCGCCGGAUCCCCGCCGCCGCCGACCUCCUUCGCCUCUCCCCUCCCCUCCGCCGCCAUGCUUCUGGGCGCUAAGGUGGUACCCCGCGACAAGAAGCAGCAAGGAGGCGGCGAGGAGGCGGAGAUGGGAGGUGACGGGAUGAGGGCAAGUGAGGUUGUUAGCAAGGAGAUGGAGGGCGUCCGUGCCAUCGUGCUCAAGCCGUCCGAGUCCCUCGACGAGUCGCGGUUCACCAAAAUCGCCGGCGCCGACUUCAACGACGCCGGCCUCGGCCUCGACGGCCUUCUUGGCUCGCUCGCCUCCACGGGCUUCCAGGCGUCCAACCUCGGCGACGCCAUCGACGUCGUCAAUCAGAUGUUAGAUUGGAGCUUGUCGCAUGAGAAGCCAAGCGAGGACUGUGAUGAAGCUGAACUUGACCCGAAAUACAGAGAAUCUGUCAGGUGCAAGAUAUUUCUUGGUUUUACUUCAAACCUUGUUUCUUCCGGUAUACGGGAUGUUAUACGGUUUCUGGCUCAGCAUCACAUGGUGGAUGUUAUUGUUACGACAGCUGGGGGUAUAGAGGAAGACCUCAUAAAAUGCCUCGCACCAACUUACCGAGGUGAAUUUUCUUUACCUGGGGCACUUCUACGGUCAAAAGGACUUAACCGGAUAGGAAAUCUGUUGGUGCCCAAUGAUAACUAUUGCAAGUUUGAAAACUGGAUCAUGCCACUCUUUGACCAGAUGCUACAAGAACAAUCUGCUGAGAAUGUCUGGACACCAUCAAAAGUGAUUGCUCGUCUUGGCAAAGAAAUAAAUGAUGAAAGCUCCUACCUUUACUGGGCAUACAAGAACAAUAUUCCUGUAUACUGCCCAGCAUUGACUGAUGGAUCACUUGGAGACAUGCUGUUUUGUCAUGCAGUUCGCAAUCCUGGUCUUAUUAUCGACAUUGUACAAGAUAUAAGGCUGAUAAAUGGUGAAGCCAUUCAUGCAAGCCCAAGGAAGACGGGGGCCAUAAUUCUUGGUGGAGGCCUUCCAAAGCAUCACAUAUGCAAUGCAAAUAUGUUUCGCAAUGGUGCAGAUUAUGCAGUCUAUAUCAACACAGCUCAAGAGUUUGAUGGAAGCGACUCAGGAGCACACCCAGAUGAAGCAGUUUCAUGGGGAAAGAUCAAAGGUUCAGCAAAGCCUGUAAAGGUUCACUGUGAUGCUACUAUCGCUUUCCCAUUACUUGUAGCCGCAACAUUUGCACGGAGGUCUCGUAGUGCAAAUUCAACCAACUGAAUUUCUGGCUGUGAACCAAGGGCCUGAAAUUUAUUUUUUAUUGAUCUCCAACCAUUUGUCCGGGCUCUUUGGAGGAUAACAUAGAAGGUUUUUUGUCAGAUGCCGGCCACGAUUACUGGUUCCUUUUGCUCGAUGUACACCUGAGAUUGUAAUACCAAAUGUAUGCUUUGUAAUGAGAUUGUGUAAGAGGAAAUGGGCUAUUGAGUCGUUCCUCUCUUUAUCUGACUCUGGAAAAAACUGCGACUUUACAAGCAAAGUACCUGGUGAGGAUCAUUUGGUUUUGUAAGACGGGGGACUUGAAAAAGUGGAAAGGCUUACAGCAUUGGGCCAACAAAAUAAAGUUGUUUGGUUGAAUCAGUUUGUUGCUU